UCUUUUUCUUGUCAUUUGGCAGAACCAAAGAGUCAAGCACAUCCAAACAUUCCCCAAAAACCUCAAACCAAAGAACUUAUACGUUCUUCUCUGCUUCUUUUCUUUUGUUCAUCGUUCGUCGUCUCCCUCUCCCCCCCUCUAUCUCUCUCCAUCUCUCUCUCUCUCUCUCUCUUUUCGAACCCUAAAACUCUUCUUUUGUUCGUAUACUGCUCUCAGAAUCUCCUGAUCUUCUUGUUUUCUCGCACGAUUUAAUUAAAAAAGACGCAUAGUUCUUGUUUUUUUCCCCUCUCUCUCUCUCUCUUUUGCAGUGUCUUAAAACCACAACAAAAAAGGAACUAAUAAUAUGCAGAUGGUUCCAGGGGAUCCAUUUUCUUUGUCUUCCUUUGCCCAUCAAGAACCACAGCUUCAUCGUCUUCAGCAGAACCAUGACCUUAACCCUAGCCCUAACCCUAAUUCAAACCCUAACCAAAGUGCAAAACCAAACCCUUCAUCCAAGAGGAAGAGAAGUCAACCAGGCACUCCAGAUCCAGAUGCAGAAGUCAUGGCUCUGUCGCCGAAAACCCUCAUGGCGACGAACAGAUUCGUGUGUGAGAUCUGCAACAAAGGGUUCCAAAGGGACCAGAACCUGCAACUCCACCGGCGUGGCCACAACUUGCCGUGGAAGUUACGGCAGAGGACGAACAAAGAGGCUGUGAAGAAGAAAGUAUACGUAUGUCCGAUUAAGACAUGUGUCCAUCACGAACCUUCCAGGGCCCUUGGAGAUCUCACCGGAAUCAAAAAGCAUUACAGCCGAAAACACGGCGAAAAGAAGUGGAAAUGCGAGAAAUGCUCCAAGAAAUAUGCCGUACAGUCCGAUUGGAAGGCUCAUACCAAGACCUGUGGAACUAGAGAAUACAAAUGUGACUGUGGCACUUUGUUCUCCAGGAAAGAUAGUUUCAUCACACAUAGAGCGUUCUGCGAUGCUUUGACGGAUGAAACUGCGAGGAUUACUUCACUCGGAAACGACAAUUCAGUUUCGGCAAAUAAUCUGAAUUUCGGAAAUGACAAUUCUGACAAUAAUCUGAACCAGCUGCCUCAUGGAUUUGUCAACAGAGAUACUGUUCAUCAUCCGGACAUUGAUUCGGCCAUUAAUCAUCAUCAUCAUCAGUUCGGUUUAGGUUUUGGACAAGAUCUGUGCGGAAUGCAUACCCAAGGUUUAUCUGAGAUGGUCCAAAUGACCUCCACCGGCGGUAACCACCAUCUCUUCCCGUCGUCCACGUCAUCACUCCCGGAUUUCGCUGGCCAAUCUCACCACCACCACUUCCAAAUCCCGGCGACCCCAUUAAACCCUAAUCUCAAAUCAUCAUCACCAAUGGCCUCAGCUUCACUACCAUCGCUACAGCAACAUCAAACCCUAAAAGACACAUCUUUGUCUCCACUAUUCUCCUCUUCGGACACACAACAUCAAAACAACAACAAACCCAUCUCUCCCAUGCCAGCAACCGCUCUCUUACAAAAAGCCGCUCAGAUGGGCUCCACCAGAAGCACGGCCUCCGCCGCUCCGUCGUUCUUCGCCGGAUCAAUGAUGUCAUCGUCGGCGGCUUCUCCUUCUUCUUCUCCUUCUCCCCGGAACCCUAUCAUGAUCCAUCACCAAAUGUUCAACCCGAACCCUAGGAGCAUCAAUCAUCAAGAGAACCACAAUCUUUCAAAUCCUUCUCCGCCGCAGAAAAAUUCGGCGACGAGCUCCUCCACCGCUGCCCCUAAAAUGGCGAACCCGAACCCAAACCCGGGUCAGAACUCGAUUCAACAGAUGGGUAUGACCAGGGAUUUUCUUGGAGUGCGCAGCGAACAUCAUCAUCAUCAUCAACAACAACAACAAAUGGGUCGUCCGUUUUUGCCUCAAGAACUCGCGAGGUUCGCUCCAUUUGGUUGAUCUCCGAUUCAUGAUACAUCACAAUGGAUAUAAUAUUUGGUAUUAUCAAUAUGUUUUGGAUCGGGUCAAGAUCAAGAAGAGAACCACUGGAAAAGUUUUUCUGGGGGUUAGGGACCGUGAGAUUUGUGAAGGGACAUGAAUUGUUUCGCAUUGUGCGGUUUAUUAUGUUAUAUUAAUGUUCAUAUAUACACCGAGACAUGCAUUUAAAUGUAAGAUCGUGCGUUUGGCAUUCCUUGUAACGUAUUGUCGCAGGCAUUUUGGUCCGACUAUUAUUUGGAUUUUGAAUUUCGCGUGA